AUGGAAGAGGGUGACAUAUUGACAACUUUGAAAAUUUUGAUAAUCGGGGAAAGUGGUGUUGGCAAGUCCAGCUUGCUUCUGAGGUUUUGUGAAGAUACAUUUGAUCCAGACCAAUCAGCCACAAUAGGUGUUGAUUUCAAAGUUAGAACACUGAUUGUUGAUGGGAAUAAAGCCAAAUUGGCAAUAUGGGACACGGCAGGACAGGAAAGGUUUCGAACUUUGACUCCAAGUUACUACAGAGGGGCCCAGGGGUGCAUUUUAGUUUAUGACAUAACGAACAGACAGUCAUUUCUGAAACUUGAAAACUGGCUGACCGAGUUAGAAACAUAUUCAACUAAGCAUGAAAUUGUCAAAAUGCUGGUUGGCAAUAAAAUUGACAAAGAAAAAAGGGAAGUAAGCAGAGAGGAUGGUCUAACAUUUGCUCGUAAACACCACAUGCUGUUCAUCGAAGCUAGUGCUAAAACAAAAGAAGGAGUUCAGUGCGCUUUUGAGGAAUUGGUCGAAAAAAUCAUUCAGACUCCAGGAUUGUGGGAGACAGAUCACAGGGGCUUUUCGUUAUCACAAGGGGGCGGUAAUGCUAAUGGGAUGUGUGCUGGCUACUGCAGCCUCUAA